UUCAAAAUGGCGAAGACUUACGGAGACAAGCCAGUUAGCUUCCAGCUUGAGGAAAAUGGCGAAUUUUGGUGUAUUGGGUCUGAGGUGGGCAACUACCUGCGGUUGUUCCGUGGGUCACUCUACAAGAAGUUCCCUGGCAUGUACAGGAGAUCCAUAACCAAUGAUGAGCGAAAGAAGUUGAUGGAAUUGGGUCUGACCCAGCACGUGUUGGCUUCCAACAUUUCACUGCUGAGGGCCUCUGAGGUGGAGGACAUUAUUGAAGGCAAUGAGGACAAAUACAAAGCCGUGUCAGUCAGGCAACAGCAAGACCCAGAGGCAGCUGCAGCAAGCAGAGCAGAGAGGCAGGUGAAGAAGCCUGCCGCCCCCUGGGUCCCUACUAUCUCCAACUCCUCCCACCUUGAUGCCGUCCCCCAGGCCACCCCCAUCAACAGGAACAGAAUCAUUUCCAAGAAGAUACGAACAUUCCCCAUGUGCUACGACGACCUUGACCCAGCGCAGAUCCACGAGAACUCCUGCCAGAAGGAGGAGCUAGUUCCCAUCCGUCUUGACAUGGAGAUCGAGGGACAGAAACUCAGGGAUACUUUCACUUGGAACAGAAAUGAAAUGCUCAUUAGUCCCGAGCAAUUUGCGGAGCUCCUGUGCGACGAUCUGGACCUGAAUCCUCUCAUGUUCGUGCCGGCCAUCUCGACUGCCAUCAAACAGCAGGUCGACCAGUAUCCUUCGCAGACCAUCAUAUCCGAACACUCUGAUACACGUAUUGUCAUUAAGCUAAACAUCCACGUGGGCAACAUCUCGCUCAACGACCAAUUCGAGUGGGACAUGGCCGAGCCAGAAAACUCCCCCGAAGAGUUUGCGACGCGCCUCUGCUCUGAGUUGGGUCUUGGGGGGGAGUUCGUGACCGCCAUUGCCUACUCCGUCCGCGGACAACUCUUUUGGCACCAGCGCACCUAUGCCUUCAGUGAGGCCCCAUUGCCAGUGGUGGAAGUCCCCUUCCGAUCCCAGAGCGAGGCUGAACAAUGGUCCCCAUUCCUCGAGACACUCACUGAUGCAGAGAUGGAGAAGAAGAUCAGGGACCAGGACAGAAACACCAGGAGAAUGCGACGAUUGGCAAACACAACCCCAGUGUGGUAGUUCUUUUCUUUGUGAAUUACUGGUAUUUUAGAGAAAAAAAAGUAUGUAUUUCUUUGUGUAAGAAUUAAUUAAAGACAAGAAAUAAACAGUCCCCAAGAAGUGUAUGGCGAUGGACAGUAGUGAUAUCGACUCCACCAAGAGGGAUUUGCAGGAUAGGGUGACGCUGGAGAUGUCCGCUUGCAUACUAGCGUGCACAAAAACAUAAGCUGGAGAUAUGACCAACUUCUGAUUUUUUUUUUACGUUGAUUAUUGAUUUUUUUUUUUUCUCUGUGUUUUUUUGAAAAAGUACAUUUUUCUUCAUUUGAUUAUUCUCAGGUAAUAAGUAUGAUACUGAGUAUAGGGAAAAGAAUAGAUAUAUGUAUACAAUAGUUAGAGAGUGAAAGAAAGAAAGAAAUUUGUAAUUUGAGCCAUUUUUAUUUAUUUUAGACAUAAACUAAAAAUCUUGAUUCAAGAAAUUAUUAAAAUUUCAUAUCUUCAGCUUUAUGAUGAUUUCAAAUAGCUUUUAUUUUGCAAAAGAAGAUGAAAUUUAAACAUCAAUGUAUAUUUUUAUUUUUCAUUAAAAAAUUUCAUUAUCAUCAGCUACCUGUAAUUUUCACAUAUUUAUCAUUUUGAAAACCUAUUUUCUCUUCCAUUUUGUGUGUAAGUGAACUAUAAAUGUAAGUUUUUUCAUUAAAAUCUUGAGAAAGAA